AAUUUCAUUUUCGAGGAAAAUUCCCUCACGAGGGAAAGAAAAAAAAUGCGAUGCAAUUCCAAUUUGAAUCCCCAAAUGCUGCUUUCACUUCAAUCCAUUCCCCACGCGCUCUGCCUCUGAUUUUGCCUUCGUUCCUCUGCGUCACCUUCACCUGAAUGAAAGGAAACGUUUGCCAGGAAUGGGGGCCUCGCUGUCGAACCUAGGAACCAACGGUUCGACCACCGCUCCGGGCCUUGGCGACAUACCGGAGAGUUGCGUCGCUCGCGUUUUCCUGCAUCUCACUCCGCCGGAGAUAUGCAACUUGGCGCGCUUGAAUCGAGCGUUUCGCGGCGCCGCCUCUGCCGAUUACGUCUGGGAAGCGAAGUUGCCUCGUAACUACCAAGAUCUGCUCGAUUUAAUGCCUCCGGAGAGGUAUCAGAAUCUCUCCAAGAAGGACAUCUUCGCGCUGCUAUCUCGGCCAGUUCCGUUUGACGACGGCAACAAGGAAGUGUGGCUGGACAGGGUCACGGGAAGGGUUUGCAUGUCCAUUUCGGCAAGAGCGAUGUCGAUUACUGGAAUUGAUGACCGCAGAUACUGGACUUGGGUUCCUACUGAAGAAUCUAGGUUCAACACUGUAGCAUACUUGCAGCAAAUAUGGUGGUUUGAAGUGGAUGGGGAGGUUAGCUUCCCAUUUCCUGCUGAUAUUUAUACUCUCUCCGUUAGGCUUCACCUUGGACGAUUUUCCAGAAGGCUUGGUCGGCGUGUAUGCAAUUAUGAACAGACCCAUGGUUGGGAUAUAAAACCAGUGAGAUUUGAGUUCUCAACUUUGGAUGGUCAGCAAGCAUCAUUUGAGUGCUGCUUGGAUGACACUGAACAAGAUGAUGCGCACGGCAGCAAUCAUAAGCGUGGACAUUGGGUUGAUUACAAGGUGGGUGAGUUUAUUGUCAACGGAUCAGAACCCUCAACUAAAGUUAGAUUCUCCAUGAAACAGAUCGAUUGUACACACUCUAAAGGUGGGCUUUGUGUAGAUUCUGUAUUUAUUAUACCUAGUGAUUUGAGAGAACGCAAGAGAAGCGGCAUUCUGAAAUAACCACACAGAAUAGGGGUUUUAUUUUUUGGUUUAUGUCAAAAAUCCCCGAAUACUCUGUUGGGAUCUGUUAUACAGCGCUAGUGUAGAAAAUUACUGGUGUAGAAAAUUAAGAAUCCGGAGCAUGUUAUCUUUUUGGUUGGCCUUUUUUUAAUUUUUAAUUUUUUGGUGGUCAGUACAUGUGAUCUUUAGUUUUUAUAUAAUCACCAUUUCUGUGUUUUAUUUAUU